CCCUCACACCGGUCCCGGUGCCACCUCUCCCUGCUUGGGCGCCGCCGCGCGAGCGCUUCCCUUCCCCCUGCGAGCGCGCGGAUAAUGUCUGAGAAUGUCCAUUUCUGGGACGCUUAGCAGCUAUUAUGUCGACUCGAUCAUAAGUCACGAGAGUGAGGACGCGCCUCCAGCCAAGUUUCCUUCCGGCCAGUACGCGAGCCCCCGGCAGCCGGGCCACGCGGAGCACCUGGAGUUCCCCUCCUGCAGCUUCCAGCCCAAAGCGCCGGUGUUCGGCGCCUCCUGGGCGCCGCUGAGCCCGCACGCGUCCGGAAGCCUGCCGUCCGUCUACCACCCGUACAUCCAGCCCCAGGGCGUCCCGCCGGCCGAGAGCAGGUACCUCCGCACCUGGCUGGAGCCCGCGCCGCGCGGCGAAGCUGCCCCGGGGCAGGGCCAGGCGGCCGUGAAGGCGGAGCCGCUGCUGGGCGCGCCUGGGGAGCUGCUGAAGCAGGGCGCGCCCGAGUACAGUUUGGAAACUUCGGCGGGCAGGGAGGCCGUCCUGUCUAAUCAAAGACCCGGCUACGGGGACAAUAAAAUUUGCGAAGGAAGCGAGGACAAAGAGAGGCCGGAUCAAACCAACCCCUCCGCCAACUGGCUGCACGCUCGCUCUUCCCGGAAAAAGCGCUGUCCCUACACCAAAUACCAGACGCUGGAGCUAGAGAAAGAGUUUCUGUUCAAUAUGUACCUCACCAGGGACCGUAGGCACGAAGUGGCCAGACUCCUCAAUCUGAGUGAGAGACAAGUCAAAAUCUGGUUUCAGAACCGGCGGAUGAAAAUGAAGAAAAUGAGUAAGGAUCAGGGCAAAGAGUAAAGAGGAGCCCAGCCCCCACCCCCAGCCCUCCCCAGCCCUCCCCGGCCCUCCCCGCCCUCCCCGGCUCACUCUUAUCUAUGUGAAGGUUGCAAAGCCAGUGCCAUCUGCAAUGUGUUCCAGUGAGUGGGGAGGGGACAUCUUUCUCUUCCGAGUCCCUAAUCUGCUCCCAGAGCCCCGCUCCCCUCCCUCGCCCCUACCUGACCCCCUGCUUCUCUCUGGGCGCCCGCAGGAAGUUUCCUUGAGUUAGAAGGUGGAAGUAGUUGAUUGCUAAGACCAGUGAUGGACCACAUGGGAAGAGAGACCCCUAGUUUUCCUGGGAAGCUGCAGCCCUCACAACCUGCCUGUCCCCUACCCCAGGCUGUCCACAGUCACCCAGGCACACUCCAGGUGUGUAGGGCCCAGCAGACGCCCAUGUAUAUAGAGCCUAGUGUGCACGGUAACCAGGGGGGAGAUGGAGCAGGGGUCCUAGACCUGAUGCAAAGGCACAGCAGGAAGAGGUCAGAGAGGGACCCUUGUAUGAGGCACUUCAGGCCUCAGCAGGGCCACACUGUCCCCAUGGGGCAGACCCAGUGCCCAGACCAGUAGGGUAGAAAAGGCAGAGUAGUUUUAUGAAGAGCUCCCCCCCACACACACUUUGUUGCAGGAAAUGUUUAAUUCUGCAUGAUGUUUUCCUCUCCUCCCAACAAAAGCAGAUCACCCUGUGGGUCCUCCAGUUGUGACAAUGUGGACCCUGGUCCGUUUGCGCCCCACUUGACAUAGACUGUAGCUUUUCUCCAUCUCCACCGGCCCUGCAUCUCUCCUUCCACAUCCUCCCUGGAUCGGAAGUCCGCUCUGGUCAAAUCCACCUUGCACCAGAGAAUCAGCUGCCCCUUGUAGAGAAACCCCUACACACACACACACACACACACACACCGCCCCCUGCCAGGUCGGCCGCACUAUAGACAGGAACGUCAGAUCAGAUCGGGGGAGCCGGAUGGAGAAUUUAGUGUGAAUCGAUGCCUGAGCGCCUUUCCGGUGUAAGUUGUCGGGGACCAGGACCAGCAUGGUCCCAGCGCUCGGAGCUCGAGCUCGGCGUGUUUCUUCCCCUCCCGACCAACCCGGAGGAGCCCGAUGCUCUGCAGCCGCCCUCCGCGCCGGCGCCCCGCUUUGCCUCCCGCUAUGCGGGCCUGGAUGCCGAUUGGCAGCCGCUGCUGCAGCUUGCAUGCCCGCGUGCAGAGCCCAGAGGCCAACCCGCACCUAAGCGGCAGGAGGAGAAGGACUCUCUGCCUCCCUUCCUCACCCAGCGCCCCCACCCCUCUGUCCCGCGGGACUCUUCUCCCGACCCCGCACAGGGGCAGUUCCAGUAGAACUUUCUCGCUGUGUCCGUGGCUGUCGUGAAAUUGUGCUUGUGUUUUGUGAUUUCUUUGGGGGGGGUGAUCGUCUCGCGUGUUUUCAGUCGUGGCUUCUGGGGA